GCUCGCAACGGAAAGCUCUCCGCUAGUCGCUAGAUCCCAGAAAGAAGGCUCCCAUCCCCCUCGUAACACCUGACAGCUGAACCCCACCUCCAGCGCUCGCUGCCUACCAGUCUACCACCACUCUCCUUCCACCCCAUCCCACACAUGGAUUUCUCCGGCGGCGGCGGCGGCGGCCGCAGCCGCGCCGAGCCGGCCCGGUGGCUCGAGAUCGCCCGGAAGCUACUCGCCGCGCGGGACCUGGUCGGCUGCAAGCGACUGGCGGAGCGCGCGGUUGAGGCUGACCCGUACCUCCCCGGUGCGGACGAGCUCCUCGCCGUCGCCGACGUCCUCCUCGCCUCCCAGCGCCUGCUCCCCUCCGGCCGCCCCGAUCCGGUCGGCGUGCUCCAGCUCCAGCCCGCCCCGGGCCUUGACCCCGCCGCCGCCAAGCGCUCCUUCCACCGCCUCUCGCAGCUCGUGUCUUCCCCGCGUAAUCCCCGUCCCGCCGCGGACACCGCUCUUCAUUUCAUCCAAGAAGCCUUUGCUGAUCUCUCCAGCAACGCCUCCGCUGAUCCACCUCCUGCUCCUGCUCCUGCUGCCGCUCCUGUUCCUGUUCCUGCCCCUGCCCCUGCUGCCCCUCCUGCUCCUGUUCCUGCUCCUGCUGCCGCUCCUUCUCUUAUCCCAGCUCCUGCUCCUGUUUCUGGGGACGCCUUGGCCUCGGCUGAUGGCAAUGCGUUCUGGACGGUGUGCCCCUACUGCUGCCAUGUGUAUCAAUACCAGCGUGCGCUGGUGGGGCGCGCGCUCAGGUGCCAGAGCGCGGGUUGCCGGCGAGCGUUCGAGGCCACAGAGAUCCCGAACGCGCCGCCUAUUGUGCCCGGCACAGACAUGUACUACUGCGCGUGGGGCUUCUUCCCCAUGGGUUUCCCUAAGGCAGCUGAUUUGAGCACCAACUGGAGGCCAUUUUGCCCCAUGUUUCCUGGGAAUUCUGAAUCUCCGCUGCAGCCAGCACCUGCGGUCACUGUGAAUGUUGAUGUACAGAAUCUUGAGAAUAAUGGCGGCACUGAUGUACAAAAUGUUGAGAAUAAUGGCAUUGACGACAAUUCAACGCCAGCAAGUGUGCAGCCCCCAGGUAAGAGUGGUGACAUUGACCGUGCAGCAGGUCCAUCUAGAGGAAGGAUGAAGAAGACAACAGCCCGCAAGAAAGUUGGUGCUGUAUCUAAGAAGCACAGUUCCAGUGGCGUGGACAGUGGCAUUGAGCCAUCUAUGCUUGGGGCAGAUUCGUUGAAUGGGAAUGCAGGAAGUGGGCAGACAGUGGGUACUAGAGAGAUCAACAUAAAUGAGGUGGCAAUGCCAACUGAUAGCGCCACAAUGCUUAAUUUUGGCGGGGAUGAGGAUAUCAGGUUUGAUUUGGAUGUUGAUGCGACUGAUGCUAUAUUGGGGAAUUUGCACAACUUACCAUUCUUGAGGGAGGAUGGCAAUAACAGAAGGAUGUUUUAGUUGUCACAAUGUGCUCAGUGUAGGUGUUCGUAGAAGUGGUGUGUAUCCUAUUGUUGAAGGAAUUCCUACUUAGUCUGAUCCUUCACUACUCCCUUGGUUCCAUUGCCACCAUUUCUCAUACUUAUUCUGUGUUUUGUAGUUAGCUAGUCUGCUGUACCAUCUGGGUCAAUAAUCUUCACAAAUCUGCAGAGUAAAGUACCCCAAAUUAGUUGGGGACAUGUAAUAUGUGCCACCCGUGAUUAACAUAAGGAGGUAAAUGGGGUGAAUGGAAUAACGCACUCGACAUGGAUGAUUGAUGAAGCUUUUAGUUUUAUAAGGGUUACAGUGCAACAGAGGUCAUAUGGAGCACUAGCAGAUAAAUGCCAUUUACAAUAAUGUCUCGAUCAAAAACUCUACGCAUUUCUUGCCAUCAGUUGAUUGCCUUCACUAGUCAUCGAAGGAGCUGAAUAAGAGAAGUGGUAUGGACGUGUGCCUCAGUUUAGGGGCCAUCCGUGGCUUGUAGCCUAUAAUUCUUUCUUUGUUGUUUGUCAUAUGCCAAGCUAUUGAUUUCCUCGCCUGAGCUAAUUUUUAGUCAAACACCCCCUAAAUGGAAUUUGUCUGUGCCCAAUUUUCCAUCGUAAGCGGAAAAUAGUAACUGUGGUUGGCAGCUAGAAUAUUUAUUUGUCAACCGUGUUACUGUAGCUCCUGGAAGCAUUGCCUUCGUAGUCAUCACGAGCUCCAAUGCUCCAUGACCUCAAACUGUACUUUGUAUAUUGGUAUGAAUUUCAACUACAGCAGCAAGGAUAUAAACAAGAAAAAAAGCUCCGAAUUCCA